UUAUCUGGGGUUAUAGAAGAUGGUCUUUCGGUGUUAAAAAUGUGCUGUAACAGCUGGUAAGAGUUUUGUCAUAUCAAAUGGCACGUUCGCUAUAGGCAGAAGAGACGAAAGCCAUGCCGCACGUUGUCCCGCUAGGACGUUGUGCGUUGCGACGUAAUCCAAAACUGUCAUGGAGUUGAUGACAAUAUUUAUUCUGGUCGUCUCUGCGACUGCGCAGACCGUCACAGCAGUAUGCCGCGAGACGGACGCCGUCUGCGAGUUCUGGCUGAGCGUGGAGAACAGGCUGACGAUGAUCCACGGUCGAGAUCUGGUCGUGCCUCACGACGGCAAGCUGUAUCGCUGGGAUACCACGAAUUUCAGCUCGGCUGUACCAGUCUCCCCGGAUGACGUCAUCACAGCAGACGGCUGGACCGAGUCUCGUAUGGUCGCUGUGGUAAACGGGACAAUGCCUGGACCAGCGAUCGACGUCUUUCAAGGUCAGACCGUCGUCAUCCACGUGGCCAACCACAUGAUGGAGGAGACGACGAGCCUCCACUGGCACGGCCUCCUCCAGCGGGGGACGCCAUGGAUGGACGGUGUUGCCCAGGUAUCGCAGUGCCCCAUUCUCCCAUUUCAGAGUUUCACGUACAGGUUCAAGGUCGACCAUGCCGGGACCUAUUGGUACCACUCUCAUGUCGGAGCACAGCAGUCUAUGGGUAUCUUCGGAGCGUUGGUGGUUCGGUCGAAGACACACCAGAAAGUGGUGGAUAAACAUGUCAUGAUACUGCAGGACUGGAACCACGACUGGGAUUCCAAGAUGUCGCACAUGAAGAUGGUGUAUGGCAUGUACAAGAACCAGCGACUGAUAGCGGGUACGAGCACCCUGGCAGGGAUUAGAUACAGCAUGUUUCACUUCCAGGCGGGCUUAAUCAACGGCAAAGGUCGCUACUAUAACGAACCAGGAAGACACAACGGGGCGCCACUGGAAACGUUCACAGUCAAAGAAGGAACGAGUAAUCGGUUCAGAGUAAUAAACGCCGGAGCUGUUUAUAGCUUUCGAAUUUCUAUCGACCUUCACCCUCUGACCCUGGUCGCCCUAGAUGGCAAUGAUAUUAAACCGCUCACUGUGGAGUCGAUCAUCAUUAAUCCAGGGGAGAGAGUGGAUUUCACAAUCCUAGCAAACCAACAAGUGGACAAUUACUGGAUCCGAGGUCGAACUCUAGAGGUGGAAGUUAACAACACCGUUGAAGCAAUUCUGCAUUAUGAAGGAGCACCGGACACAGAACCCACGUCGUCACGGCAGACAUGCACACCAAAAGACUGCUGUGUUGUAUUUAACUGCCCAUUUCUGUUUUACCCUCUCGGCUCUCACACGGCGUGCAUUACUGUUGACGAUAUUCACUCUUUAGAUAACACACAAGUGCCUGACGACAAGGAACACUUCAAGGAAUAUUUUUUGAACUUCGCCUUUCCCGGCAAUUCCUGGACUCCGGGAUCGGUUAACGGACGAGUGCUUCAAAUGUUUCCCUCCGUCUCAGCUUUGACCCAGCCAGACGAGGUCUCAUUCCACUGUGAUGCUUCCAAAUGUGGCGAAGACAAGCUGUGUAAAUGUCCACUUGUUUUAAACCUACAGCACGGUGAUACCGUGCAGAUGGUGUUUCUAAACUUAGGCAUGGGUAAAGGCUGGGACCACCCCAUACAUAUGCACGGGCAUCAAUUUUACGUGCUCAAAAUGGGAUAUGGACGAUACAAUCAAACGGAUGGUAGUUUUAUUGGGGAUAAUACGGACAUUGACUGCAGGGGGAACUCAAACAAAUCUCUUAGUUUCUGUAAUGACGCCACGUGGAGUGACCGAACCUGGGUAGGUGGAAACGUCCCAGGUCUUAAACUGAACGGUGCUCCGAAAAAAGACACAGUGAUGGUGCCAUCUGGUGGGUAUGUUGUUAUAAGAAUUAAGUCCGAUAACCCAGGCUUGUGGCUAAUGCACUGCCACAUAGAAAUCCAUAUGCUGGACGGUAUGUCCAUGUUGCUGAACGAAUCUUUCCCGAACGUCCCACCACCACCAGCGGGGUUUCCUCAAUGCAGAAGUUUCAGACCUUGAUCAGGAACAACGCCCUUGCCAGUUCAAAAGCGAUCAAGUGGACCCACAGACCUAGCUGAAUCGCAAAGCUCACACACGAGUAGUGGGAACAGUGCCUCUGCAUCUAUUUUAGUAACGUGGAAAAUCAUUUCAGUCCUGAUAUUCGUAAAUUGUAUACAUGUAUAUGUCUGUUAAAGAUAAUGGGUCAUCGAUAUUUGACACUAUUUCAUUGGUUUAAGGAAUCAUCUUAUUACACCUUAUAUUCGUCAAUUACAUUCAUGUUUGUUAAAGAUAAUAGGUCAUCAAUAUCUUACACUAUUUCAUUGGUUUAAGGAAUCAUCUUAUUACAUCUUAUAUUCGUGAAUUACAUUCAUGUUUGUUAAAGAUAAUAGGUCAUCAAUAUCUUACACUAUUUCAUUGGUUUAAGGAAUCAUCUUAUUACACCUUAUAUUCGUGAAUUAUGUACAAGCUUGUUAAAUACAACAAAGUUGUUUAUUUUUGACACUAUUUCAUGUAUGGAUAAUCGUUUAAGCACUUUUGGUAUUUUUGGUUAAACAAGAUAUGUCAUCAAUUUUGACAUUAAUUCAGAACUGUGGCAAAUCAUGUCAAUAUGUUUAAUAUUCGUAAAUACUUUACAAUCAUGCUUGAUUGAUACUAAAAUAACUGUUACGAAGAAUUGCUUAAAUAUUUGAAUCUUCUAACUGUAUCUAAUAAUGAUAAAGAGAGCUGUUGGCAGAUUUUUGGCAUCAUAUUUAGAGGUUUUCUUACAUAUUUCAAGUAUGUUUGAUUACGCGGUUUGGACAAAGAAAAACAUUUUGAUGGCAUAUUUUACUUAGACAAAAUGCAGUUUCGCGUAAUUUAAUUUUUUAAAGUUAUAUCUUUAAAAUAAAAUAAUGCAUUUACUUGUAUGCUUUAACAUAUAUAGACAAAUAAAGAGUUCUAUUUU